AUGAAUGAGGAAUCCCACAAACGAAGGAAAAACAAGGUGAAACAACAUAAGAAGAGCAGCAACAAGUGGACAUGCGUAGUUUGCAACCAGAAGCAUUAUGUAAAGAAAGUCUUUUCACAAGGUUGCUUGGCUAAAGACCUUCUCAAGUUUGUCCAAUCAUACAGUAUGUGUCGAAAAAUCACUGAUGAACAAGACUCCUUAGAUCAAGAAGCAGCUCUAAUUCCAACAUCAGAAGCUUAUCAUGUUGGGUCAAAUGAAGACAACCAGCGAAAGGCCGCUCUGAUUUGGACAGAGUACCUUGAUGGAGAGGAAGAUUGUAAUAUCAAACAAGAAGAUGAAGAUAACUAUAAGUGUUUCUUUUAA